AUGGAGCAGAGACAAGGCAUUUUCCACCAGACCACUGUCGAAGCCCUCGCAGUUCGCCAGCCCGAGUUCCACCCAGUCACCUUCGCCGGGACCAAACGGGCCCAUUCUGAGCUUGCCGGUCCUCUGCAGCACCAGCAUACUGCAGCAUCAAACAGACACACCCAGUUUCAAAGGGCUUCAUCCCUUGGAAAAGAGCCCCAUAGACUGACCGCGAGCGCCAUUAUCGCGCUGGAUACUGGUACCACUGUUGCACUCCCCACUUCUGAAUACUCGCAGCGCCGAGUCAUAUCAGCUACGCCCACGUCCACCAUAGAUCGCUCACUCUCGCUGUUUUCCCCAAGGUAUGCUCUGCCGGCAUCCUUAGUUGCCAACUUCAGAGCUCUCGGCAUCGAGGAUAUCUACCCGUGGCAAAAGCAGUGCUUACUGGGGCCUGGCCUUCUGGCCGGCUCGAAAAACCUCGUGUAUAGCGCACCCACCGGUGGCGGCAAAUCCCUAGUUGCUGAUAUUCUGAUGUUGAAGAGGGUGCUGGAAGAUAGGAACGCGAAAGCUCUACUGGUCCUUCCUUACGUUGCCCUAGUCCAGGAGAAGGUCCGAUGGCUACGAAAUGUCGUUCAGGAUAUCAAACGGCAGCCUCUCAAUGAUGACAAGCAAGAGAACAAGCAGCGUCUCUGGCAGAAGCGACCGGAUGAGGACAAUAUCCGGGUCGUCGGUUUCUUCGGGGGUGGCAAGAUCAGGGCUACUUGGUCCGACUUUGAUAUUGGUGUCUGCACGUUUGAAAAGGCGAACAUGCUCAUCAACGCUGCUAUAGACGAUUGCACCAUCUCGAAGCUGAAGGCUGUUGUGCUCGAUGAGCUUCAUAUGGUUGAUGAUGAUCACCGUGGCUAUCUUAUGGAACUCAUUGCCACAAAGCUUCUAAGCCUUGAGCAUGGUGUUCAGAUCAUUGGCAUGAGUGCAACAUUAGCGUGGCUCGACGCGCACACUUACUCGACGUUCUAUCGUCCAGUGCCAAUCGAGGAACAUCUUGUCCACGAAGGCAACAUCUAUCCAGCCUCAACGGCUUCCGGCAUCCUCAAGACUGCUAGCCAGUCAGGGACAAAUCCAAGCGCCGCUCAAGCGCACGGCGACCCAGUCAGGAUAAUACAGCCCAGUGCACAUAAAGAGUUUCAAGAUCCCGGUUUGAACGCAGUCGUGGCGUUGGCGAAUGAAACAGCCAGAUCGGGCUAUGGGGUACUUGUGUUUUGCAGCAGUCGCCAGGGCUGCGAAUCUGAUGCCCGUCUAAUCAGCCGUGUUCUACCUGACGUCCAUGAACUGGAACCUUCUGUCGUCGAAAAAAGAAUGGACCUCCUGGGAGACCUGCGCAGUCUCCCAACCGGACUCGAUCCUAGCUUAGCGGAGACGAUCCCUGCCGGAGUCGCCUUUCAUCACGCUGGCUUGACGACGGAGGAGCGUGACUUGGUUGCCAAUGCCUACGAUAACGGUGCGUUGAAGGUAGUGGUAGCAACGUGCAGUCUUGCCGCAGGGAUCAAUCUACCUGCUCGGCGAGUGAUCCUACACAAUGCACGGAUGGGCCGAGAUCUGGUUGGUCCUUCCAUGCUACGGCAGAUGCGCGGACGAGCCGGCAGAAAGGGAAAAGAUGAGAUUGGCGAGACUUACUUAUGCUGCCGAAAAACUGACUUAGAGGACGUGGUCGAAUUGAUGCUAGCCGAAUUGCCCGAGAUAUCAAGCGGCCUUACAACAGACAAACAUCGCAUCCAACGAGCCCUGCUUGAAAUAAUUGCUAUACGGCUGGCGAACUCGAAGGAGUCUGUACAGGACUACAUUCGGAAGACGCUACUGCAUCUCUCUAAUGAUGCUGAUGUUAUUCAGGGCCACGUUGAUACCGGUCUCAACGAUUUGGGCACUAUGGGAUUCAUCCAAUACGAAGACUCCGAUCUAUAUGUUGCAACACAACUAGGCAAAGCAGUCGUUGCAUCCUCACUUGAGCCCGAGGACGGCGCAUUCGUUAACCGCGAGAUGCGCAGAGCAUCGAAGGCUUUCGUCAUGGACGGCGAAAUGCACGUCCUCUACACCUUCACCCCAGUACAGGACUUCUCUGUGUCUAUCAACUGGCAGGUCUUCCGGUCAGAGAUGGAAGGCCUUGACGACAGCGGGCUCCGCGUCAUGACUUUUCUCGGCCUCAAGCCCACAGUGGUCAACAGAAUGGCGCAAGGUGGGAGCCUCAAAGAAUCGACCGCCGAGGAGAAAGAACUCGCUCGAGUCUAUCAUAGGUUCUACCUAGCCCUUCAGUUACGAGACUUGUGCAACGAAAUGCCCGUCCAUGCAAUUGCUCGCAAAUACGACAUGCCACGUGGUACAGUACAGACACUCGCCCAGACUUGUCAGGGCUUUGGGGCUGGCAUGAUCAAAUUCUGCGAACAGAUGGGAUGGGGUGCGAUGUCAGCUAUCCUGGACCACUUCUCGGACAGGCUCAAGGCUGGAGCCAAAGCCGAUUUGCUAGCCCUCGCAAGAAUUACCUUCAUCAAGAGCCGGACAGCGCGAGUAUUCUAUGACAACGGAUAUAAAACCAUUGCAUCGAUUGCAAAUGCCGACCCUAAGGAGUUGGUGCCUAUCCUCAUGCAGGCUCAACCGACCAAGUUGCGACUUAAAUCGAAAGAUGAGCAGAAAUAUGAGGAGAAGCUCUUCGCAAAGGCUCAAGUCAUCACCGACUCGGCGAAUAGACUGUGGCAGAUCGAGAUGCAGCAGGACAUUGAUGAGCAAUGA